GACCUUCCAGAGCGGGUUAGAGGAGUGGGGGAGGGGUGGAGAAGCACGCGGCGGUGGUGCUUUGGGAGACAGCUUGGCGGGCAGGUAGACCUGUGGCUUUUGCAGGCCGGGGGGUAGGGGCUUCCCUCUGCUGAGCAGCUUUGCCAGGAGGGGACCAGGACGACUAAGCUGCAGGCGGUGGCCGCCUCCCCCAGCCCUGACGUGACCCCGCGUUUCCUAUUCAGCUUUUACCCCUCCGCGAAAACUACCCCCCCCCAACUAUAGGCCGGUGAACGCCCAGGACUCCCCAAACACGGAACCUCUAGAGUAGGAACUGAUAAGCGCGUGGCUUUGGCGUGGGAUGGGCAAACCAAAGUCCUCCGGGGGUGGCGCAUCGCCGCCCCCGUUCCCCGUUUGUCACUCCCUCUCCCUCUCGGCUCCCGCACCCGCCCCGCGCGCGGCUGGAACUUUCUCCCGCUGGGCGUCCGGGUCCUCGCGGCCCUAGGAGCCGGCUCCCGCCCGGAUCGAAGCACAACUCCAGGCCGAGGCGAGGGCUAGAGCGAGGAGAAGCGGGUGCGCGCCGCUUGAGACGCGGUCCCGGCCAGCGCCAGCCCCGUCGCCGGUCGCCGCGCCGCCCGGCGAGCCCCGCCCGGCCCGCGAGGCCAGCAGCAUGCGGAGGAACCAUCGUACGUGGCCAUCUGUGACUUCAAGGGAGCUGGGAAGAGUAUAUUGAACAAGACGUAUCAGUGUCCUGAAUAAAAUCGAGACGAUGUUAAUGAGAAAAGAGGGAAUAAAGGUAGAACGGCAUGACAUGAAUACCCUCAGCCUACCCCUGAACAUACGCCGAGGGGGGUCAGACACCAACCUCAACUUCGAUGUCCCAGAUGGCAUCCUGGACUUCCACAAGGUCAAACUCAAUGCUGACAGCCUGAAACAGAAAAUCUUAAAGGUAACCGAGCAGAUAAAAAUCGAGCAGACAUCCCGAGACGGGAACGUGGCCGAGUACUUGAAACUGGUCAGCAGCGCAGACAAGCAGCAGGCCGGGCGCAUCAAGCAGGUCUUUGAGAAGAAGAACCAGAAGUCAGCCCACUCGAUUGCCCAGCUGCAGAAGAAGCUGGAACAGUACCACAGGAAGCUCCGGGAGAUUGAACAGAACGGCGCCUCCAGAAGCUCAAAGGACAUUUCUAAAGACAGCCUGAAGGAAAUACACCACUCUCUGAAGGAUGCCCAAGUGAAAUCUCGAACUGCGCCCCACUGCCUGGAGAGCAGUAAAUCGAGCAUGCCAGGGGUAUCCCUCACGCCCCCCGUGUUUGUCUUCAAUAAGUCCAGAGAGUUUGCCAACUUGAUCCGGAAUAAGUUUGGCAGUGCUGACAACAUCGCUCACUUGAAGAAUUCCCUGGAAGAGUUCAGGCCUGAGGCCAGCCCCAGGGCUUACGGGGGCAGCGCGACCACUGUGAACAAGCCCAAGUACGGCAGCGAUGACGAGUGUUCUAGUGGCACGUCAGGCUCGGCUGACAGCAACGGGAACCAGUCCUUUGGGGCUGGCGCGGCCAGCACGAUGGACAGCCAGGGGAAGCUUGCCGUGAUCCUAGAGGAACUGAGGGAGAUCAAGGAUACCCAGGUCCAGCUGGCAGAGGACAUCGAGGCACUGAAGGUGCAGUUUAAGAGAGAAUAUGGCUUUAUCUCUCAGACUCUGCAGGAGGAGAGGUACAGGUAUGAGCGACUUGAAGACCAGCUUCAUGACCUGACAGAGCUGCACCAGCACGAGACUGCCAACCUAAAGCAGGAGCUAGCCAGCGCCGAGGAGAAGGUGGCCUACCAGGCCUAUGAACGCUCAAGGGACAUCCAGGAAGCCUUGGAAUCUUGCCAGACGCGCAUCUCCAAGCUGGAGCUGCAUCAGCAGGAGCAGCAGACGCUGCAGACAGAUGCCGUGAACGCCAAGGUGCUGCUGGGGAAAUGCAUCAACGUGGUUCUGGCCUUCAUGACCGUCAUCCUGGUGUGCGUGUCCACCCUCGCCAAGUUUGUCUCACCCAUGAUGAAGAGUCGCUUCCACAUCCUCGGCACCUUCUUCGCUGUGACUCUUCUGGCAAUAUUUUGUAAAAACUGGGACCAUAUCUUGUGUGCCAUAGAAAGAAUAAUAAUCCCAAGAUGAGCCACCAGUUCCUGCCUUCACAUUCUCUCAAGUUUUUAUUUUGAAGAGAACUCUGUGCAUACUACCAAAUUUCUGAAUGAACGGCUGUGCCAAAGAUGGCGACAAGGACUGGAGCUGUGCGGUGUAAAUAAUUAGAGCCUCUUAACCCGGUAGCAGUUGCCGACGCGGUCCCUGUUCGUGGUUUAACCGUGAAACUGUCCCAGAGUUCUCCCCACAUUGCUCACUGCCUUAAUUAAUCAGAGCAGAUCUCCAGCCCGCCUGGCGAGCUCAGCACCCUAAAGCCCUGUUCACUGAGCACUUGGCAUAAUGACCCAGAGGGAAGGAGCCUCCCGCCACUUCCCAUGAAUCUCUGUCACGUUGAGCUUCAUGUUUGCCAACAGCCGUGUUCUGAGUCCCAGGAACAGCAGGGAUAUGUCAGGAUCCGGGGAAGCGAGCAAAGGCAGGUGACUGGCAGUGGUGAGCUCCUGGGAGUCUGUGGAGGCUCAGUGUCUCUCUGAUCUCUCCCUCUUGUCCACGGGCGGCCCAGUGUUCACAUUGGCCAAUCGUGUCUUGUCGCUGUAACUUGGAAAUCUUCCUGCUCAUCCAGCAGAGGUCUGCCUAACCAGUAGAAUCAUACUUGACACUGUAGACACGAGGCUUUGCAGACGGGCUUUCGUCCUCUUCCGCCCAGGGCCCCACGCGCCUGAUUUCAUCUUCCCUGGUCAGCAGCACCGCACCCUGAGGGCAGGCAGGUUUUGUCAUCUGUAGCUUUGGGAAUGUGGGGUCCUGCGAGCAUCCCCGGGGAGGCCUGUGCUCUGGCAAUGGUUAAACCGUGAUAAAUCCCCUCAAAGGGCGGCAUGCACUUUCUGUGAUUCGCUUUGCUCACAGGUCUGCAGAGAUCAAAUUGAAAAGCUUGUACAAGAAAUGAAAACAAAUGACACUCGUGUCACCCGGGUUCUAUUUUUCUCAAAGACAGCAAAAUCAAACUUUGUAAAGCGUGUGUGUGCCGAGGCAGGACACUGGAGGACUAUGAGGGAUGGGAAGUCUUGCUUUAAUUGGAUGGUGGCUAGAUUAGUGCGAGCCCUUCACCCAGCUGAGAUCAGGAGCGCCCGCUUAACGGCGAGAAGGGCAGCAAGAAUGAGAUAAGUCCAGCGUUGAAGCUGGGUUGCUGCCGUCUGUCUCAUAGGUACAUAUGCGCUAAGAGGACAUGGGGUAAACAUGGCUAGUGAGCAGGAAUAGUGCAAGGGCUGUCAUAUUUGAUGGCUGCCGUUUAAUUGGCAAAUCCGGUUUUCUGUGUACACCACUAAGGGGAGAGAGCAGAUACUGCCACCUACCCCCUGGUCCUCCCAGCCCAGCUGCUGAAGGCCUAAAGAUAUUCUUAAAUACCUUCUUCCAGAAGACACUCUUCUUAGAUUUAAGUAUCCUCACUUGCAAAUGGCUGUCCUUAGGGACAUUCUCCGGGGGGUUGACGGGUGACAGCGCAUGGCAGUUUAGCACAAGUCCAGCUCAUGUGAAUGGGACCCACACAACUCCAACUUUUCCCCCACACUCCCAGUUUCUAAGUCAGUAAUUCAGUAAUUCUAGUGAAGUCACAGAGUGUUUAACCAUCACCCCUGGCCAAAUCCUAAUUAACAGAACUUCAUGAAAAGCAAAGGAUUUUGAAGUCAGGGAUGGGGGAGCUCCCAGCCCACUCCAUCCAUGGCUUUGUCUCCACACAGGACACAGAUGGGGGUUUCUAGUCCAAGUGGGGAGGAAGGGAAAACCACAGCCUUCCCUUAUUCUUGUAUUUUAAUGCCAUCUCCCUUACCUGUAGGCAUCAGACGCCAUCUGCCUACACCUUGGAGCAAGCUGGGCCCUGCUUCAGGUGUGGAAUGGCCUCCCAUGCUUAUUUGUGAAUAUUUCCAAGUGGCACUCAGAACAUGCCAGGACCUGGCAUGCCCCUGAAUGCUGCCGGCAGUUUACAGAGUUCAUGUGAAUGCAGCCUGGGAGGCCCAGUUAGGGCUCCAGGAGAACCUAGGAAGAGGCAUUUCUGUCCUUAUCCCAGCAUAGACCUACCCCCACCCCUGCACAGACUGCUCUUGAUUGACACUCUUCAGACCUGUGACUUGCGUUUCUUCUCUCUGACGACAAAGUAGGGAAGAAAGUCCAAAACAGCAUACUUCACACCUUCUGACCCAGCUUUGGACAGAAUCUGUUAGACACUGGCACCAUUCUGAACUAAUGGAGUUGGGGGCACCCAAAUCACUAUGAAUCCCUUCUGAAGAACUCUGAUUCCCAUCUAUUGCCAUUAAAUGUCAAAUCAGCUUCUUUGCCUGUGUAUGCGCAGCCCAUGUGGCAUACAUGUUUCAGGCUAAUGGAAAGUUUGUGGAGCGUCUUAUUUUUCAAUAAGAUUGUAUAGUUCAAGGAGACUUUGAUUCCACAGUUCAUUAUUCUCUUAAGGGCUAUAACCCCUCUCUCAUUCUCUUGAACAUGUAACGUACACACUGAAGGAAUGAAUUGUAUAAAUAUAUAAUUAGAGAUACCUGGGCAGACCCUGGAAUUGGAACUGAGUCACAGUGGUGUCAGCCCGUCUUGUUUUGCACUUUACAUUGGGAGUAAAUAUCCCCUGUGGAUUCCUCCUGGUGAAAACCAGUUGUGGGUGAAGUAGGUGAGUUGGUGAGGAAUUCUAGAUGCUGGUCUCUGGCUCUUAGAUGACAUUAUGAUGAUCAGUCACCAGGAUAGUGACCCCUGAGGACAGAACAGAACUUGAAAAUAUUAAGAAUAGUAAAUAUUAAAAACAUUCAUCAGCUCGUAUUUUAUAUAUGAUUAAGCUGGAACAAAAACUCCACCCCUCAAAAAAAAAAAAAAAGCAGCCACCCACAGUGAAUCCAUAACCGAAAGUGCGCCGGCUGAUUUUGGACUGUGAACACAGGAUUCUCCAUCUCAAGAUCCAGGCUUGUGGCUUAGUCGUUUCCAGGUUCUCGUCAGCUGGCGCUCAUCCACACUAAGGCCCUGUCACUCUUGUUUUUGUUUAAGCUUUGCCCUCUGUGUGCUCUCUAACAUAGCAGGCUUAAUUACAGGGUGGAAUGUGGUGAGGGAGCUAGUCUCCCAGCCCCCAGCAACUAAUUACUUUGGUUCUUUUGGGUUGAAUGUUAAAUACCAAAUUAUCUGUGUGUGUUAAAUGGGAAUGUAUAGUGGUUUUGUUGUUUUUGUUGUUUCAUUUUCGGUGUUGAAUCCAGAUCUAAUUGUCUGGGUUUGGAAAAGCACAUAUACUUAUUGAUAAGGAAAUGUGUGAUUAAACAACCUAUUUUGCAUGUUUUCUUAAUUCUGACCUUCGGCUGGGGUUUAUUUGGAGAGAUGGUUCAAAGUUAGCAGGUAACUUUUAAGGGGUCUAAAAAGACCAAUCACAGAAAACAGUUAGAUUGGCCUGUUUGUAUCAAAAAUAGAUCAAGAGCUUUAAAAAAAAGGUGUGUCAUUAAUGGGAAUUGAGUAACUUGUUAGAAGUAAAGCCAAAAUCUAAUUUUCUGCCAUGGAUGCAGGUCUGUGCUUAAAGAGGCCGGAAGUGACGUGACACCUUGGAGGUCUGACGGUGGUUUACAUGUUGCAGUUCUCAUAGAUCUCAAGCAUGUCUACUGUGUUUGUCCUAAAAGAAACAUUUCAACUAAUCAUGCUGGUGUUUUAGAUGCGCCGGGGCAGUAGUGGCAUCCCUGACUGUAACGUCAGGAAUGCUGAUCGCAGCCUCUGUUGCAGAAUUCCCAUCUUGUGGGAUGCUACAUAGUUUUCUGUAUCUGCCUAAAAUUGUAAUUUCUCUGUAGAUCUUCCCCCAUGGUGGUGUCAUCAACGAAUUCAAAGCAGGUGCCAUUAUUUUUUAAACACUUGAUGUUUGCUUUGGUGUUAAAUAAAAGAACUAGAUUUCUAAAAUUUU